UAAGGCGCGUAAGAGCGAAGCAAAAAUGGCAUCCAAAUCUCUACUUCCUUUUCUUAUCCUCUCGGUCCUACUCCUGCCAAUAUUCUCAACCGUGUCCGUCGACGGUUCCCUUCCUGAUGAUGGGCAGGGCGGCGGCGGCGGCGGCGGCGGGGAGUGCGCGUACGUGAUCUACGUACAAACGGGGACAGUGAAAAAGGCGGGGACUCACUCAACAAUCAGCCUGGAGCUGAAGACGGGGGCGGGAGAGGGGAUUUCGAUCCCCAAUCUGGAGGAAUGGGGCGGAAUUAUGGGCCCAAAUUACAACUUCUUUGAGACCGGCAGAUUGGACACCUUCACAGGAAGAGGCCCAUGUCUGACCUACCCAGACCCCAUCUGCUCUCUCAAUCUCACCUCCGACGCAUCCGGCCCCUACCAUGACUGGUACUGCGAUUACGUGGAGGUCACGGUCUCCGCCCCGGCCCAUCCUUGCACCAAACAGCGCUUUUCCGUCGACCGGUGGCUUGCCCGUGACCGGGAGCCCUUCACCCUCACCGCCAUCGUCGACUAUUGCCCCUCUGCAAAUGCCAAUGCAAAUCGCUCACUCCGCUUCGAUUAAUUUUCUGUUUAGGAACGGAAUGCUUUCAAUUUUCAAUUAUGUUGACUUUUGAGCACCGCUUUGAAUGUAGUGCGAAUAAUGGCCGACUGAGAUUGCUUUUUACUAUUUCUUUUGUGAUGGGAUGGGAUGGCAUCGCUCACGGUUUUAGCCUCCACUUAUUAUCCAUCAAACAAUAAUGGAACCAAGCAACAAAAACUCUAGAAA